CGAGGGGGCAGCUCGAUGUCGCGUCCCUCAUGGUGUUCCACUGCCAUUUGAAAGCUAGUUGCUAUUAGCGCUUGGCCUGUGGUGCUGUACCAAAGAGGAUCAUAGUGUUUGGCUCAAAUUUUCAAGGACAACUUGUCUUCCUACUCGCACCAAAGACGGGCAUUACUCGACCUUUUUCCUGGAAAUCAGGGACCCUCUGAGCAGGAUUUGAUUGCUGUGUUUCUAAGCCUGCUUCUGAAGAGCAUGCUGGAUUGUCUCUGAUGAUUUAGUGGCUUUAAGUCACUCAAUUGCUGAGGCAGAGGACUCCACAACUGGGAUGGAGUGGCUUACCACGCGCCAACUCCGCCUCCAGUCGGUAGGAGAUGGAUCCGAGCAGGCCCAGGCCGCUGCAUUUCAUCCAACGCAAGCAAUCCUUGCCGUGGCGGUUGGAAGGCACAUCGUCGAGUUUGAUGCCCUCACCGGGUGCAAGCUGUCUAGCGUGGACAUUGGGGGGAGUGUUGUGAAGCUGGCCUACAGUCCUGCGGGGGGGCACGUUCUUCUUGCGGUCCUUCAAGAUUGGACAAUACGAUCAUGGGACUUGGACGCAGAGCACACCACAGUGCUCUACUCCCCCGCAAGUGCGGACCGGAAGCAGGACCGCCCAGCCUCGGGCGCCGCCGUCCAGGCGCACAUUGCCCUGACACCGAUGAAGCCGUGGCUCUUCUUUGCUGCACACAUGCGAACAAGUGUCAAUGUUGUGGGGAUAAGGGACGGCGGCAAGGCGGCGCUCAAACUCAAGACGGACUACAAGAAAGCAGUCACACAGCUGGCAUGCCACCCUCGGGCCCCCCUCCUGUUCAUAGCUUACAAUGAUGCGUGCAUUCGAGCGCACGAGUUCCAGACCUUUGGGGUUCGAUUCACCAUCCAAGACCCUUCCCUGAAGCUCGCGGGAGCGGGCGCCAUCACCUUCCACUCCACUCUGGACAUCAUGUUUGUUGGGGACCGCGGCGGGAUGUUACUGGCCUGGGACAUCCGUGUGCAGCCGCUACUGAUUGGCAGUGUGCAAGUCGGGAGUGGAGAUGACGGCACAAUCGUCUCUGUCGCGUACCACCCCCUCCUCCAACUGGUCAUCAGCCUGACCAAGGACGGCAAGGUCCAGGUGUGGCGGAUCAGGAGCACCAACAACCCCAACAAGCCCACCAUGAAGUCCAACUUCUUUGAGCCGUCAGGGAUGGGCCUUUUAGACGUGGCCGACAUUCUGACCCAGCAAGGAGGCGUGGCCGUCUACCCUGUUCCCAAAGUCGUCCAGAUCCUGGUGCAUCCCCGCUUCAACACAGCCACCGCACUCUUUGACAGUGAGUCCUCCAAGGAGGCCGGUCUACGCCCGGGUAACCUCUCCCGGGCGGCCCGGAGGGAGCUGCUGGCGGCCCUGCAGGCGUCCCGGGCGGCCCCCCGGGGCAAGAAGGACGACGCGGGCGCGGUGACGCAGCAGGUGAUCAAGGAGAAACUAGGGGGGGCGCUGUUCUCGGACCACCACCAGAUGCAGCUGCUGGCGCAGCAGGCGCAGCUCAAGCACGGGGCGGAGCGCGUCACGCAGACCACGGUGGCGGACUAUGCGCGCAAGACGUUCCUGUACGGGUCCGCCAAGGAGCUCCACUCGACAUCGGGCCCAGUGCGCUCUCUCCCGCUCCUGUGCAUCGCUGACGAGGAGCACCCGCUGCGCGAUACCCCCGUCUGCUCGCCCGUCCAGCGGGACCUCCACUUCUUUGCCAACGAGCACAGGACUUCCGUCUACCCGCCACGGGCCGACUUCAUGGACGGCUGCACGCUCUGUGGAUUCACGCUGGCGACGGGGGAGUACGUAACGCACAAGAAACUCGGGGCGACGGCUGCCUCCGGCGCCGAGCGUUAUCCCACGAGCCUCGUCUUCAGCGAGCCACAGCAGGCGUGGGCCUUCACCUUCGCGUGCCCGGGGGCUUCCUCCGAGGUCGCCCUCCUGCGCACGAGCAAAUCUCCCGGCGGUGACGGCUUCAUCACUCUCCCAGGACGCGACGCGACGUUCACCGGAGUCGGGGACAACCAGUUUCUCGUCCUGCACGAAGACGGGGAACAAGUCGACGUGCUGCGGCUCGGCCCAGCGGACGUGUACGUGAGCCAGAAUGGAAACGGAACGGAGGAGGUCAUGGCGAUGCGCUUUGACACGCCCGUGUCGCGCGUGUUCCGGACGCCGAUCGACUCGUCGGUUCUGUACGUCGCGCGCCGGCACAUGGGGCUCGCGCGGAUUCCCUCCGGGGCGGGGUACGGAAUGGAACCCAUUCUGCGGACGCACCGGGCGGCCGGAAAAGUGAUCGACUUGAAGCCGAUGGAGCAAGUCCUGAACGUGCAGUGGCAGUCGUCGGGGCUGGGCCCUGUCGCGGGGAUCGUGACCACGCACCGAGUGCUGAUCGCAGACUCGAACCUGGACGUCGUGGCCAGCAGCAGUGCCCCGCUCGACAGCGGGCACCCGCCGUUCCGCACGUGCCUGUGGGUUGGCCCCGCGCUUCUAGUUUCCACCGCGACCACGGUUGCCGUUCUCGGGUGGGACGGACAGGUGCGUCCGUUCUGCACGCUGGACGGUCCGAAUACCGCGCUGGUUGGGGUAUUGAAUGACCGGCUCAUGCUAGCGACGAGAAGCGAGGGGGGUGAGCGGGGGGUGGAGAUCAAGUACCGCCUGGUGGGGCUGCUGGAGCCGCUGGUCAUAGGCUAUGUGACGAUGCAGAGCGUGUUCGACCAGAACCUGGAGCUGAGCGAGACGCUCUACAAGCUGACGUCAAGGUUCGACAAUUUGCGCAUUACCCCCCGCAUGGUUGACGUCCUCACCGUGGGCUCCACCGCCAGCGCCAACUUGGGCGUCGAGCUCGCGCAGGGGGGCCCCCAGUUCACACAGGAGCUGCGCUCCCGCUAUGCGAUGCGCGCGCGCCGUUUCGAGACGGCGCUCACCAUCCUGCGCGACGACUUCCUGCGGUCCAAGGACUACCCGCGCUGCCCGCCCUCCAGCCGCCUCUUCCAGCGCUUCCGCGAGCUGGGCAAGGCGUGCGUCAAGUACGGCCAGUUUGACCGCGCCAAGGAGACGUACGAAGUGGCCGGCGACUACGAGAGCCUGUUCGAUUUGUUCAUAACCCACAUGAACCCGAGCGCGCUACGCCGACUCGCCCAGAAGCUGGAGGAGACGAAAGCGGACCCGGAGUUGCUGCGCCAGACGCAGCAGCUGCUCCUGCUGCGGUCCGCGGGGUGGGGCACCGGGGGCACGUUCACACAGCUCAGCGGGGACAGCAUGGCGCCCAAGGGGCCCGAGUGGGGCGGGGGAAACUGGGAGAUCAAGGUGACCCCCCAGGAGGACAAGGUCCCCGACUGGGAGCUCGCCUCCGAGGUCACCGCCUUCAUGCAGGACACCGCCGGGGCCCCCAUCCCCAACAUCGUGCCCGACUCCCUGGGCGUCUACUUGGGCACCGAGCGUGGGCGGGGGGUCGCCCCACCUACCGGCGAACGGUUCGCGGCCGCCGCCGCGGCCGCCGCCUCUGUCCACGUGGGAGCCCCGCUGGCUAUCGGGAGCGACGGAGCGCCGCUCGGGUUUGGGGACGAGCUCGAAGGGCCGGCGUUUGGGAAGGUGGCGAGCCUCUCGAGGAUGUCGGAGGACGGCGUGUCGCCGUCGUCUACGCCCAGCAGGGGGACCAGCCAGAGGGGGACCCCUCCGCGCAGCUUCAAGAGGCCCAGCACUAGCGAGGACGAGACCGAGGAGCAGGCGCGCGCGGCGGAGGCCUUCCGCAAGGGCUUCGCGCCGCAGGACGAAGAUUCCGACUCCGACGACGACGCGGGCGCGAUGCGGCCCAAGCGGCUGCAGAUCCGGAUCAAGGCGCGCGACGCGAGCGCGCCAAGUGUCAAGGACUCAAUCGACGUGGACAAGCUCAAGGAGGCCACCAAAGCGUUCAAGCUGGGCGACCCGACGUCGGGCCCUCUCGCGCUGCCGCCGCGCCCGGGAACCGGCAGCCGGCAGUCUGCGUCGUCGAAACUCGCGCCACCACAGGGCCUCCCGGCGCCGCAGCCGAUGCCCUUCCCGGCACAGCUCUUCUCUCAGCAGCCGGAUCAACAACCCCCGCCCGCGACGGCUACCGGCCCGUUCCCACCCGGCAGUGUGAAUGCGCCCCCUCCGCAAGCCGGCCCAGGGCUCUUCGGGCAGCUGCUUCCAUUCGUCCCACAGAACACGUCGCUCCAACUGCCCAACGCUCCGCAGCAGCCGAGCGCGCCGCAAAAUGGGGGGCCGCAGGACUUCACGUUCCCAGACAUGGGAGUGCCCCCCCAGGCCGUCGCCGUGCCGGGGCUGUUCCCGCAAGCUGCGCCGUCACCAGCGCAGCCUCCGCUGGCGCUGCCAGGCCCAGGGGCAGCGCUCGCUCUGCGAGACGACGGAGUCCCGCCUCAGGGCCCCCCUUCGACCGGCCCCAUCCCCGACCUCGGCCUCUUCAGCGGCCCUGCCAGUUUCGCCGGGACGUCCCGCGGCGGAUCUGCGCCCAGCAGCGUCGGCCCUCUUAGUUCUUCUGGUUUCCUGGAUCUGGACGGUCUCCCUGGGUCCGGUGCUCCCACCAGUACGGGACCCCCACCCAAGAGCUGGGACGCCACCGCGGGCGGGCCGCUCAGCGUGGGGGCGGAGAAGGUGCCCCCCGCUCCAAUCAGUGCCAAGCCGGGCGAGGUGCCACGUGGCGCCCCGGCGUCAACGUGCUUCAAGACCGGCGUCGCCCACGUGGAGGCCAACCAGCUGCGCGACGCGCUGGCGUGCUUCGACGAGGCGUUUGCGGCGCUUGGUCGCGAGCGCGGGGGCGGGAAGGACGUCAAGGCGCAGGCGAAAAUGGCGAGCCACUAUAAGCAGGCUGCGCUGCUGCUGCAGGAGAUCGCGCGCCUGCAGCGCCUUUCUGACGUGGGCACCAGCCAGGUCGGCGCGCGCGAGGAGAUGGCGCGGCUGUCCAGGCUGCUCUCGGCGAUCCCGUUGCAGGCGAAGCACCGCAUCAGCUGCAUUCGGACGGCCAUCAAGCGGAACAUGGACGUCCAAAACUACGCGUUCGCCAAGCGGAUGCUGGACCUGCUUGUGGCGAAAGCGCCUCCCAACAAGCAGGGCGAGUUCAAAGUCCUCAUCAGCGUGUGCACUCAGAAAGGGCUGGUGGAUAGAGCUAUCGACGGCCCGGAAGACAUCACGAAGUUCGAUGCCGCGACCCUCGGUAGACUACCAACUAUUGGUCAUGACACAUGCGACUUCUGCGGCGCCAACUUUGGAGCUGGCAAUGCCAGCUGUUCGGUUUGUGGUAUUGGAAGUCUCCAGCGCUCUGAUGCGGCAAGUGGAACCGUCGCGUCACCCUUUGGAUAGAGACUUUGAAGUUGGCUUGAAUACCUCGCCUCUGUGCUUAACGGCCAGUCUAGAACCGAGUCUAUGACCAGGAUUAAAGUUGGCAUUGGGUGUAGUUGAGAUAGCCAUUCCUGAUCAUUUCGCACCUUCGAGCUUCGAGCAUCAUGUGCCGAGAUUUUCGACUCAAAUUAGUACACUUAUGGUGAUUUGAGCGAAUGAGUUUGCCUCCAGUAUCUUGGCAUCACUUUUCGUAUUAUCCAGUAAGAAGUGGCGCUGGGCUUAAUGGGGGCCAUUUUCUGACUCUUACACGCACAUGCACAAUUGCUUACACAGUGGCCGC